AGCUCUAGAUAGAUAGAUAGAGACAUGCAUUUAAAAAUUUAGUCUCAAAAGAAUUAUAAAAAUCUGAAGUAGCAGAUCAGCAGAACAUUGGCUCUCUCAAGCCAACAUAAUUAUUAAGAUAAUAAAUAAGUGUACAACAUAGGUAUUUAUAUAAUGCUCUUCAAGUAUUUAUAUAAAGUGUUGAUAGUUUUUGGGGUUUUUUUAGUAACUGAAUAAUUCACGUGGAUAAACAGCCAGAGCGAGCGAAGAAUCCAGAGCAACAGAUGGCGCUGUUGUCCACCGGUUCCUCAAAUCUGAGUUCAGACAGAGCGAGAGGAAGAGUCAUCAUGAUGUGUGUUUAUGUCAGUGUGUGAAGAUCUCAUCUGAUGAUCUUUCUUCUGCUCUCGGUCGAAACUCGCUCGUUUGUCAGUGAUGGAGCAGAAGAAGACGGUCAUCGUGACAGGUUUCGAACCGUUUGGUGAACAUGCGGUCAAUGCCAGCUGGGUGGCAGUACAGGAGCUGGAGAAACUGGGUUUGGGUGACGAUAUAAACCUUCAUGUUGCUGAAGUUCCUGUGGAGUAUCAGGCGGUCCAGAAUCUUCUACCGUCUCUGUGGAAACAGCACCUCCCACAAUUAGUUGUCCACGUUGGAGUUUCCGGGAUGGCCACCACAGUAACACUGGAACAGUGUGGUCACAACCAGGGUUACAUGCGGCUGGACAACUGCAGGUUCUGUCCUGAGUCCCGCUGCUGUAUGGAGGGAGGGCCGGACUGCAUUCAUUCUGUCAUAGACAUGGACACGGUCUGUAAGAGAGUCAACUCCUCUGGGCUUGGGGUCUCUGUGUCUGUAUCGAAGGACGCCGGCAGGUAUCUGUGUGACUACACCUACUACACGUCGCUGUUUCUGGGCGAGGGCAGAUCUGCGUUUGUGCAUGUGCCUCCUCUGGGGAAGCCGUACAGCGCGGAGGAGCUCGCUCGUGCCCUCAGAGCCGUCGUCCUGGAGAUGCUUGAACUGAUGGAGCACAACAAGGGAAAGAAACACUGUCUGCACAACCUGUGACAACACGGGCCGAGUCUCAUACGCUCUUGUUUGGAUUCAAGAGUUCAUGCACAUGUGAAGACAUCGAUAUCUCAACUCGUGCGCUUCCUACAAGGAGCGUUCAGCUGGUUUGAGAAUCAACAUGCGUGCUAAACUCAAUGCUGUGGCUGAGCACAAAACAUUAGGAAAGCACUUUAAUGGGGUAUACUUGAAACAUGCAGAGAUAUUUGGUAUAAUGCAUAAAAUAGACGUCAUAGUAAUGUGAAAACCAAAAGAUUAAGUUGCAACACUUUACAAUAAGGUUUAAUUUGCUAACAUUAACUAACAUGAACUAAGAAUGAACAAUACUUAUGCAGCAUUUAUUAAUCUUAGUUAACUAAUACAUUUACUAAUAGAUUUUUAUCUCAAAUGUUGUAUCUGUUUACAUUAAUGCUGAAAAAAUUUAAUGCUUAUUGUUAGUUAAUGCAUUAACUAAUGUUAGCAUAGAACUUAUUGUAAAGUGUUACAGUCUGUAGUAUUAAGCGUUUAAAAACAGGGUUAUUAUAAAAAAAUAAAAAAACACAAUUCAAAAUAUUAAUAAAAAGUAUAAUAGCAUCUCAAUGAUGCUAAACUAACACUGUUUUAAACUUCAAUCUAUCAUCUGCAGCUUUCAAAUAUACCCCAAAUACAGAGAGUAUAAAUUUCACAGUUUAUAUUCUCACAGCAGGUGCCAAGGCCAGUUUAAAAUUAUGACACAAUAAAAACAAUGGUCUGCCUGCUGGACAAUGAUAUCAAGACGUGUCUGCCUGGUUGCAUCAAACCUAACUGUACGAUCCAAAUGUGUUUUUCCACCUUUUUUUGUACACAUAAAGACACCUAAACCUGAUGCCUUUUGAGUA